CGCGAGAAAUCGUGAGAUUUCUGUCUACGUCACGACCCCCUGCGAUGAUGAGACGAACUUGGCUGCCAAAACUGGAAGCAGAAGAAAAUCCAACAUGGACGCCGAAGAAGUUGACAUUGAGCUGCCCUAUAUUACGGCCAAAAUGGCGGCUGAUCCGGACAUUAUUAAUACUGCAAUUGAAUUACCUGUUCAAGAGGUGGAAAUAGAGAGCAUACCAAUGGAAAAUAUUGAGGGCAUAACGACUGAAAAUAUAGUUACAAUACCAGUACACGGAAUAGGACAAGUGGAAACGGUGGAAUGUGAAACUGUCGAUGGAAUUGAAUGUCAACCCAUCUCGAUUCACCAUUUAACAGAUCGUGAAGAAAUAGUUCUCCAGACUCGAGAGGAAAUCGUUGGAGAUGUUGAUGAUUUGACAGGUUCUAGUUAUAUAAUUGAUGCAGAUUCUGUCCCUGUUCCAGUACCAAAUUCAGACUUAUCUGACGAAACAUUAGCUGGUCCAAGCAGACGGAAAAAGGGGAAGAAAAAUUCGCGAACGAGAGUCUUGGCGAGUGGGGAGUUGUCUUUUGACUCAGAAAAGAACACCAGAAAAUGGGAACACAAGCAAGUUCAAAUCAAAACUCUGGAAGGGGAAUUUUCAGUGACGAUGUGGGCUUCAGAAGAGAAGAAACAGCUGUCAGAUGACCCAGUGACCCCACCUCAGCAAGUGAUAGCACCACCAGCUUGUCAUGACAGAUCUCUAGGCUUUGAGUGUGAACCACCAGACUACUCUGAGUAUCUGACUGGCAAGAAGUUACCACCCGGUGGCAUCCCAGGCAUUGAUCUCAGUGAUCCUAAACAGUUAGCAGAAUUUGCAAGGAUUAAACCAAAGAAGCCAAAAGAUGAUGAUGUACCAAGAACAAUAGCUUGUCCUCACAAGGGAUGUACCAAGAUGUUUCGUGACAAUUCAGCGAUGAGGAAACAUUUACACACCCACGGACCGAGGGUGCAUGUAUGCGCAGAGUGUGGUAAAGCCUUUGUUGAAAGCUCUAAACUCAAAAGACAUCAACUGGUCCAUACUGGAGAGAAGCCUUUCCAGUGUACAUUUGAAGGAUGUGGGAAGAGAUUCUCGCUGGAUUUCAACCUUCGCACUCAUGUGAGGAUACACACAGGAGACCGUCCAUACGUCUGCCCAUUUGAUGGCUGUAACAAGAAGUUUGCCCAAUCUACCAACCUCAAGUCUCACAUACUCACCCAUGCCAAAGCCAAACAGCAGCAACAGACUGUUGUAGUCACCCUGCCUUUGUGAAUGUAGUCAAGACAUCUGAGCUGUAAAAAGCUCUAUGUGAUGCAGUGCUCCCUAGCCUUAACCCACGUACCUAAUCAAGUGAUGAGGGAAUUUUUAAAGCUUUAUUAUUACCUAUAAUGUAUCAAUGACCCAGCAAACAUUGUUGGUCAGUGUACAUGUAUGUAUAGGUUUGGUGACUUAAAUGGUCUUUACAAAGUAAAGAUGUUCAUGUAUUUUAAUACUACUCCUAUAGUUUCGUUAUCUGUCCCUCUCUUUCCCCCUUUCCUCUUUCUACAUUGAAUUUCUCUGUCUCCAUUGAAUAUCCUAUAGAUGAUGACAACAGUAGAGGAACGCAUUUAACUGAUCGUCUAAUCAAUAGUUCAGUAUUGCACCUCGAAGUGUUGACUGUUAAGAUGUUUUCUGUCUAUAUCUGUCUACACUCAUCAGCUUUACAACAUUCACAAUUUUCUAUGGUGUUCUGCACAUCCCUUACUUGGCUGGCAAUGUACAUAUCUAUACAUAUUGCGUGACCUAUGGCUUAUCAGUAGCUGUCUCAUGUUGAAAUAGUAUCUCUUAGCACUCUUUCAAAUGGACUUAAAUUUGUAAAUAUACAGUUUGAAUUUGGUCAUGGAAAGUGAAUUGUAUAUCUAUGCUACCAGGUUCAUUAUUAGUAUAUAUUUUUUCAUGAAAACAUGGUUUGGGAAAUACAGUUUAUCUUAUCAUUAAGAUCCAAGAUGAUUUCUGGGGUAUUAAAUAACUCCGAGUUAUUGUAGUGCAUAAACCAGUCAAUGCUGUCAGACCUGGCCAAUUGGUGCAUCAUUUCCAUUCAUUUUAGAGCUGUUGCAAAAAAAUAUUUAUUAUGCUUUAAUUAAAGUGAUGUUUUAGGUAUGUCUUUAAUUUUUUUUUUUUUUUUUGGGGGGGGGGAUUGACCUUGACAAGUAUACAGAGACAGAGUUGUGCAUUUCACUACUUACCUGCACAGAUGUACGUGCUGUUAACAGUAUCAAAGUUAAAGAAAAUAUACAAUUUUGAACUACUGUAUUUGCUUAGAUGAUAUCUUUGUAAGGAAAACCAUCCACAUGUGUCAACAUGUUUCUGUUAUCAGUUUAUUGUAAUUCUACCAGUAAACUAAAGUAUAGUCAUAUCAUCCUUGUUAUGGCAGGAAUGUCAUUAACUAUUAUUUAGAAAUUCCUUGAUGCCUAUGAUUAGGCUUUCUUGAGUUUUAUUGGCCUUAGUCCUUGAUUAGGCAACACUGGAAUCCAUCCGAUGUGAUCGCAUUCCGGUAACAUUUUUUCCCUAUUCCGAUGUUCUAGUUAAUGAACAAUACCACAAUCCAUAUCUAUAAAUUCAGUAUAAUUUCUAAUGUAGUUUUUUUUUUCUCACCAUUCAGUAUAGAUCAUUGAGUUGAUUGUGAUGCAAGUACCAAGAUUUUAAAGCGCCCUCUGUGGCCGCAAAUGGUGCAUGAUAUGGUUACCAGCUUUGUGAGGCUGCAGUUAUGAGAGACACAUCAGAAACAAUACUGAGUGUUUGGUAGGAAAGUGAGGAUAUGCGACAUAAAUCUUGCUUUUGAUUUGUUUGAUAAUUUUUCAGAAAUAAAUUUUGUUGUAUAAUUAUGAUUUAAGCAUUUCAUUGUCAGGAAAAUUAGAAUCUGUAUUUUCUAUUCAAUUUUUUUGACAUGAUUCUGUCCUAACUUUUAUCAUUAAAAAUAUUGUAUUUCAUUGACAUUUCAGUCAAUAUGUAAAUGUAUUUGUGCUACAGAUAGGUUUUUAAUUUAACAAACUUUAUUCAAAUAUUUUUUUACUCUUUUGAUUAGUGAAUACUUAUAUUUUUAAAUGUUAACCUUCUUCGCAAUCAUGUGUUUUGUAUUUUGAUACCUUAUUUGAAAUGCUCUUGAAUUUCUGUGUACUUUGCAUGGUUUGAUUUUAAAAGAAUUUUCAACGAUGACUUUAAAAAUUGUGGAACAGCCCAUGUUUCUGAUAUAUAUUAUUAUUCAACUUCUGCCACCCCCCCCCCCCCAAAAAAAAGAAAUAGACAAUAGUUGCAGAGCUCAUUUUCUGUACAUAGCCAUUCAAGUAGAGAUUAAUAUCUUGGAUUGGUUAUGAAAUAAAUGUACGUUGCACUUGCAUUAUUGGACACUUCAUUGGAUGUACUUGUGUUGAUCAAGACUGAUAAUGAAAUAAAUAACAUCUUAUUUUUUGGUCGAUGAGUAACAUCCAUGAUCCCUUUUGUCCCAUUGUGCAAUUCUGAUAAGAGGCAACUUGACUGCAACAGGGGGGGGGGGGGGGCCAUUUCAUAAGCGUUUUGUAAGUGACACAUAACAUUACACGGAAGGUGACCAUCUCUUAUGCUUGAUGGGAAAUUUCAAUUUUCACUGUUUGGAGUGCACUUCCUAUAACCCUAAUCUAACUUUGAAAAAUAUUGCAUUUUGUAAUCAGAUGCUUAUUGAAAAUCAGAAUUUUGUUUUACAUAAAUUGUAUAUCAACUGUAGCUGAUGAAAAUAAUGUUUGGGAAUUUGAUUUAGCACCCAGAAAAUGCUCACCAGUGAUAUGUAAUAUAACUUCUUAAAAAGACUUUAUGAAACAUUUGUUGCAGUCGCUCAAUAUGCAAGAUGAUUUUACACAGGGUUGAAUAAUUACUUGUACUUCAAAAAAAGAAGAUUUUAAAUGUUUGUAACAAUCAAAGAACUAAAAUGAAUUAUUUUGGGUAACGGAUGUUGCUUUGGUAAUUAGUGCACCUGGUAUUGUAAUUGAAUACUGUGUUUGCAUUUGGUGAGGCUCAGCUGAAAGUCUGUUUCCACCAGAGAUAAUAUUUACUCAAUGAUGAUGCCCCAGUUCUCAUCAUAUUUUAUUUGUGUUUCUCAUGAGAUGAAUAUACACCUGUGAUCAAAGUGCAUAAUAUAUUCUUGUCAACAAGAAAAGUCUACAAUGUCUCACAUUUUUGUUUUGAAGGUUUACAUGUUUUCAUGUCUUCAGCAUGCUUGUCUUGAAUAGUUGAAGUAGACUUAUUUUGUUGUUUCUUUUGAAUCCAUCACAUUCACAUCCAUUUUCACCUACCAAAAUACAAUUAUGUAUUUGUACAUGUAGGAGGCCUAAUCAAUAUAAUGGUGUACGUGUGCCAUGUAAAUAGUGGUUAAAUUGAGACAGAAAGCCAACCUUUUCAUAACCUUAACUACAUGCAGCUAUUUGAGAUAAAAAUAAAAGAUAAUUCCCAUAUCAUGUUUUAAAGGUCAAGUCCACACCUGAAAUAUUUGAUUUGAAUAAAUAGAGAAAAAUCAAACUACCACAACCCUGAAAAUUUCAUCAAAAUCGUAUGUAAAAUAAGAAAGUUUUGACAUUUUAAAGUUUCACUUAUUUUUCACAAAACAGUGAUAUGCACAACUCAGUAACAUGCAAAUGGGACGGUCAGUGAUGUCCGUCACUCACUAUUUUUUUGUUUUUUAUUGUUUGAAUUAUACAAUAUUUCAUUUUUUACAGAUUUGACAAUAGGGACCAACUUAACUGAAUCAUAUAGUUUUAAGCAAUGCUAGUUCCACAUGUGCAUGGAGGAUCAAGCGUUGUUUCACUUGACAAUGAGGAGUAAAUUAGAAUAUUUCAUGUACAAUGUAAUAGAAUACAAAAGAAAUAGUGAGUGGAUGACGUCAUCAGUCUCCUCAUUUGCAUACCGACCAGGAUGUGCGUAUAACUGUUUUGUGAAAUUGAGAAAAACUUUAAAUUGUCAUAACUUUCUUAUUUUACAUCUGAUCUUGAUGAAGUUUUCAGUGUUUUGCUUAUUAGAUUUUCCUCUUUUUAUUCAAAACAACUUUUUGUUGGGGUGGACUUGUCCUUUAACAAUAAUGUAUUGUUUUUUAUUGGUUUAUUCUUGGAGAGAUUAUUGCAGCAUAAUUAGAAAGUAAAACAACAACAUCAAAAGCAAUAUCAUUGAUUGGUGGCUAGGCAAACAAUAUCUAUGUAAUUUUUUUUUUAUUCUCCACUCGUUUUAACCUCUAAAAUUAGGUGAAUUAAAGCCCAUGACUUAAUGAUAAAUACUUUGUUCUCAGAGUGAUGUUCUUUUGAUAAAUUUUAUUUCUGUUGAUGUUACAGUUUAGUUUUUAGUACAUGAAAAUACUGUUCAAUUCAAUUACCAGUGUCAAAACUGAAUGUUUUGCAGGUAAUACGCAAUUAGGUUCUCCAAUAUCAAAACAUUGCAUUAGAAGUAUGGUUGAUUAGGAUGAUGUGGUAUAGCAAAGACCUUGUCAUCUUCCUUUCCUAAUGAUAUUCAUGUUCAAAUGAUUCUGAAAGUAUACCUUGAGUGUACCAUUUAUAGUUUAACAACCUUAGGUUUGCUAUUUUUUUUAAAUGUAAUCUCAUUUACAUGUACAUGUAUGCACUUCCUAAAACUAGAACCCCAUCGGUAUUGUAUACAUUUAUCUGGGGAGCGUUUCAUCAACAUUUUCGUCCGACAAGUUGUCAGGUCUGACAACUUUCCUUGAUUAUGAUUGGCUGAGAGGCACUGUUACCAUAGUAACUGUCGGAUAAAACAGUACUUGUCGGAUAAAACGUCUGACAAGUCCUUUCAUGAAACGCUCCCCCGGUGUGAACCAGCUUUCUGUUGACUGGAAAGUAUAUUGAAAAUUUACCAACAUGACCAAGAAUAUGUAAUGAAUAUGUAAUGAUGAAUGAAAUAAAUGGAUGGCUCCAACAAUAA